UCCUCAACCUCAGCGGUCCCCACACUGGAGCAGACGCUGGUGCAGUCUCGAUCCAUACAUGCACGUGUCUUGUCUUUCGGGGCGACCAGCAUUCUUUGAAAACGCCCAGCUCUCCAGUUUGCAACAAGGGUUUUGUGAGUUAAUCCAUGCGAGAAUGUGCGCAUGACCAUCUUUUGUACCGAGGAGCAUGUGCACUGACUGAAAGACACAGCGAGGAUGCGUGGUGGGCAGGAUCUGUCGUGAUCGGUGGAGUUUGUGGUGUACAAUACUUGUGCUGUUAGUCUUCCCAUCCCUCCAGUUUGGUUUUCUGGCAAGGACUAACAGCAGCAUCCUGCCGGGAUGUCCACCUCACCUGGUGCAAGAGAUGGAAGCCAAAGGAGCUCUUUGGAGCUUGAUGCGGAGCACUCGCAGAAAGUCCCCGGAGCCGAGCCAGCAGGGGUCCCGACACCCCAGGUGAAGCUGAAAGAGAGACAGAAGUUCUUUGAGGAGGCUUUUCAACAAGACAUGGAGCAGUACCUGUCCACUGGAUACCUUCAGAUCACAGAGAGGAGAGAGCCAAUAGGAAGCAUGUCCUCCAUGGAGGUCAACGUGGACAUGCUGGAGCAGAUGGAUCUGAUGGACAUGUCCGACCACGAGGCUCUGGAUGUCUUCCUGCACUCUGGGGGAGAGGACAACAGCGCUGCCUCACCUGUCACAGGUCCAGACAUCGAGUCCUUUACAAACGAGAUCAGCCUCCAGGUCCCCACCCAGGCCGAGCUCCGACACAAGCUUUCGUCCCUGUCCUCCACCUGCACGGAUUCGGCCAGCCAGGACACUGAGGCCGGGGAGGACGACGAGGACGAGGAGGAAGCUGAGCAAGGAGGAAGCGGCGGCGUUGUUGGAGGAGGAGGAAGGAGACGAAGGCCCCCAGUGGUAGUGACGCUGGACGAAGAGGAGGUCCACCCAGACUCCACGCUGGUGGACAGAGAGGACCAGGAUGAUCAGAGCAGUCGAGACUGUGAGGAGAGGAGGCAGCAGGUUUGAGAACAGUUGGACUUGAUUUAAAGAGUGAAAACGCUCAGAGCUGCCAAAUCAAACCUAGAUAUAUAUUCUAUUCUAUUGUAUUCUAUUCUAUUUAUUGGCUUUUAUUCCCAAAAACCUUUCCUUUCAUCAGAGAGAUGACACCGAGGUUGCACUAACUGCCACAUAAACUUGCCUUAAGACCAGUGAUGUAAGUUCAGUCUGAUCAAAUGUUUUUCAAGAUGUUUGCGACCCGUUUUUGGUUCAGAAUGAACUGAAAUAGCUUAAGGUUUUUCAGAGAGUCAGACUCAGUAUUACAUAUAUUACAUAUAUUAUUUACAUGUGAAUCUCAGUAAGCUUCAAUCAGCAAACCUUAAAGCCAUGUUUUUUUUUUAUAAAAAGAGAGAGAAGCAUUCGCCAAAAAUAAAAAUAAAAAUAAAGGAAUCAAUAAUAAAUUGCGCAUUAAGAAGAACACACUUUACUUUAGAUUAAGCUUAAGCAUGACAGAAUAAUCCAGAAAGAGCAGAGAAGCAGCUUGAUCUAAACACACUUUUGAAAUUGUACUAUCUUAGGAUUUGUGAAACAUUCAGACUAUGAAGCUUCGUGAAGGUAAAUGAUUGACAAAAACUGUUGAAAAACAUCCAGAAAUCUAAUAGAAAAAUGUGAAAAUAAGAAACAUUGUGGAAAUCCUGACGUUCCGUUUCUACAGCUCUGCAUGUUGAGGCUGAGCAAAGCCUGUUCCUGAUAACGGAAAUGAGGUCACAGAUGAGCCAUCGGUCUAAUUCUGUUCAUGCUUUAUAGUGAAAUGUAUUGUGCAUAAAUCCUGAACCUGUUUUCUGAUCGUUGGAACUUUAACUGAACAUAUAAUGGUGUUUUUAAUCUCUCCGAUGUCGAGAAUGAAAAAAGAACUACCUUCAGCUCCAUCAGCACUGCGAUCCUAAUCUUCCUCUCACGGAACAAAAGUAUGUAUUAAAAUCAAGCCAAACUCAUUUUCUUUCAUUGGAUAUCGUUUUAAUUUGGCUCAUCCACAUUUUUUAAAACAAAGCUAAAGUUUUUCUGAUAAAGUGGGGGGAAAAAGCACAGCAAGUGCAACUUCUCACUGCAGGAUGAUCGUCCUGAUUGAGUAAAAUGCAUUGUUUAAACAGAUGUACUGAAAGCUAUUUCUGUGCCAGUAUAAAUUAGAUUUUUGGUGUAAUUUUGAUGAAUCGAGCCGAUUAAUGAUGUGCAGAGGGCACAAACUGUUCUUACUUUCAUUAUGGAUAAAUGUGACAACCAGCUCUCAUGUGCCAAAUUUCUGACUUUAUUCCUGUCAAAACUGACUGUACUGCUGACAUGCUGCAGGUUUCAGUAGUUUUAGAAACAUUUGCUCACACAAACAAACAUGAACCUUGUCUAUGACCUGCACAGUUUGGACAGAUCUCUUCUGAACCAGGACCAAAUCCCCAUCUUGGAGCGUGCUAUGCACUGGACAUCGGCCUGGAGGCUAACUCUUGUCCAAAUUUUGAUUUAGUUUUGUUUUUUUGGGGUCAGAAAUUGUUAAUAUUUGUGCAGUGUAAAUGCAUUUUUUCCUUCAUUUUCUUACCCUUUGUUUAGUUUUCUUGACUUGUUAAUGUUUCUGCUCAAGAGUGAAUUGAUUUCCCUCUGAGCAUUUUGAGAAACAAGAAAUGUGAGCAAGAUUAAAAGUGUGAGUGAAAA